AUGGAAGAAGCAAAGGAAAGAGAGAAACUGACGCUGGUGACUCGAAAAUCCUAUUUCGGAUUACCCACUUCUUUCCCCAACUGUUUGCCCGUUUACGCUUAUCUCAAAUUCUCCAACACUCUAUUUGAUUUGGAUUUCAAUCUCAUUAACCCUGAUUCUGAUCAAAUACCUUAUGUCGAAUACAGUACAUACGUAGCCUACAACAAUGAGAAGGGUGGAGUUAUAUGCAGUUUAAUCAAAGAUGGUUUCGUGGAUUUAGAUUCUCAAGUUCGUGGUAUACCUGAAUGGAUAUCAGCAAAGGCUAUGGUUGAUUCAUGGCUUGCAGAUGCCAUCAUUUAUAAACUUUGGGUGGGUUCUGAUGGAACUUUUGCACACAAGAUCUAUUAA